UGGUCAAUGAAAGAGGCUUUGACGACGAUUAACAAAUCUGGUUUCCUUUUACUUCUCUUGUCAGGUGGCUUGUCCCUCUCAAUUCGAUAUGCUGAAGGAAAGGUGUGUCACUUCAAGAUCAAACACGAUCCGCCUAGUGGAGGUAUCUGUAUCACCAGUAGUCUGGUCUUUCCGGAUCUCAUAAGUCUCAUCAAUCACUACACUUCCCACGCCGACGGUCUAUGCUGUCGUUUGAGCCAACCCUACCCUCGGCCACCACCCUUCCUAUCUGACCUCUCCCGACAACGUCUUGGUGAGGGUCAAUUUGGUGAAGUUUGGAGGGGGGAGUAUGAAGGCUGGCGUCCAGUUGCUAUCAAGACUCUUAAAGAGGGUACUAUGAGUAAGGAAGAGUUCUUAAAGGAGGCGAGAAUUAUGAAAGCGCUGCGACACAAACAUCUUGUCCAGUUAUUUGCGACAACUGGACUCUUGAGUAAUUCCUCUUUUAUUCUACAGAUUGCCAGUGGAAUGGCUUACCUGGAAGGUAUGGGCUUGGUACAUCGAGAUCUCGCUGCAAGAAACGUGUUAGUUGGGGAUGAUGACAUUGUAAAAAUUGCCGAUUUUGGCCUCACCCGGGCCAUUAAUGCAAACACCAAUGCUUAUACAGCGAAACAGGUGCGUCACUCUCUGUUUCUAUUGUUUAUUCAAAUUGCUCUUUGGACAAUCGGAUACGUGAUAGACAUUUUUGAUAGUAGUUCUAAAGCAAUCAACUUCGCAGAAUCUUGUCCACCGGGUUUCUCCACUGAGCAAACCACCUCCUUAGCUCAAUAUAUUUCAUGUCUCUAUAAAGGAGUAACUCUAAUGUCGACAUUCACUCAUUCUUAG